UUAGAAACCAAAAAACAAGCCAGUCUUCCAUUUUUUUAUUAUUAUUUUUUUUUUGUAUAUUCAUCAUGACACACGAGAUCACAGCACCUGUACUCAGCAAAGCCAGCGUCGGGGAUAAGCGUCGCGAGGCCCGGCGGCGCAAUCACGCCAAGUACAACGCCAAGCGAUACGCCAUGUUCUCGCACCUCGACAUCCACAAGCCGGCCGUUGCCAAGCUGAACGAGCUCAAAGCCUCGCACGGAUUGAGCUCGGUCAGCGAGGUCAUCUGGCGGCUCAUUCAGGUGGCCGAGAGUGACGCUGGUCAAUCGUUUGCACGAGCCUGCACAACCCCGCUGGCAGAGCUGACUGGCUCGGACGCCCAGCCACCUGCGCAGGACCCCGCCCACCACAACACGCUGACACUGACCGGAAUGCGCGUCCGACGCAUUUCGUCCACGUCGUCGUCUGUUUCGCCGUUUGUCGGCUCGCCCAGCCUCGGCCAGCAGUCCAUGAUGGCCGUGCUGAGCCCUGCUCCCCGCACGCUCUCGCCCGCGAUGGUGCCAAUUGCGGCCGUCCCGCCGUCGCCCCCGGCGUCGGACAUUAGCCGUCUCAGCGACGACGACGAAGCCAAGCACUCGCCCGCCCUCCCCAUUGCCAAGGUCGACCACAACGACGACGAGGAUGACGAUGACGACGAUGAAGACGCGACGGACGACGAGGGCGAGGGCUUUGCCGCUGCUUCCCAGCUCGCUUCGCUCGAGUUCCAAAUUGCCCAUCGCUUGCAACAAAAGCAGAACGACGCUGCACGACCACAGUCACCACCGCAGCAACUGCAGCAACUGCAGCUGCAGCAGCAGCAGCUUCAACAGCUUCAACUGCAAGCCGUUCAGCCCAACCCGGCUCUCUCGCCCGUCCUCCAGGCCACUGCCAUCCCCGCGCAGCAAUCACAAUCACAACAACAACAACAGCCACAGCAACAGAUGCGCCCCGUCCAGAUCCAACUACAGCCUCAACAAUUGCAGCAACAUCAGCUCCAGCAACUGCAGCAGCAGCAACAACACAUGCAGCCGCAGUUCCUUGCACAGCAACACCAACUCGUGCAAAUGCAGCCGCAGCAAAUGCAGCAACUCAUGCAGCCGCAAAUUGUGUUCAUGUCGCAGCCCAUGCCGCACAUGCAACUGGCCCAAAUGCAGCCAUCACCAGUCUUCCCGACCAUGAUGAUGCAGCCAAUCCAACUCGUUCAGCAGCGUCAGCUCGCAUAACGCUGUGGUACUUGUUCUACCCGUUUUUUGCUUUUUAUGAAAAGCAUUCUAUUUUGUUUCAAGGGUCGAAUCUGGACGUCCUUGUGUUUGUAAUUCUGCUCCCCCCCCCCCACAAUCAUUUUAUCCGCGUACAUAUUACUUCUGUUUUGCCAUUUUCCUUUGUGUACUUUCUCUUUGCAAAGUAUUUAGAAAUUCUGCAAAUACAACUUUACUAGUCAA